AUGAAUGGUCUGUUCACACCAAGAGCGAAACGAAUAUCUGUCAGGCUGAUCGACAACCGAUUCACGUUGGUGGAUUUCUCCUUCUCUCUCCAGAAACUGGCCCACAUAUUGAACAGCAUUAGCUCUCAGCUCAUCAAGACAAUGUCAGGCUUCAAACGUCUGCCAGACCUGCUGACCCGCCAGUACUCGCAGCGAAAACCUAUUCACAGCAUCAUCGAGCAAGAUGAAGAAAUCUGCAAGAUCCAGGCAGCCAUAGCUGCAGGAAUGGUGACUAAUGCAUCUUACCUGCAGACCUACCUGAAGACCUGGGACAAACACAGAGAGAUCUGGGAAAUCGAAAAAGACAGCUUUAUACAGCGUUACCAGCGGCUCAACCCUACAGUAACCUCCUUUGACGCUGACAUAGCCAGAUACACAGAGGUGGCGAAUAAUGUCCAGAAGGAGGAGACAGUGUUAAGUUUGCAGUUUGUGUUGUUGGACUGUUCUCCACUCAAAUUCUCUCUGUUGCAACACUGUAACGAGUGGCAGAGCAAGUUCACACAGCUGCUCAGCCUUAUGGCCAGUGCCAAACUAAAGGAAUUGCACAGCUUCCUGCAGAAAAACACUCUCAGGGUGUCUCAGCCUCCUCAGACUCUGCCGGAGUUGGGAGAGAGUCUAAAACUUCUGGAAACUCUGCAGGCAGAUUUGAGUAAGAUAGAAAUUCAGAUUCCGCCCAUCCACGAGCAGUUUGCCAUCCUUGAGAAAUACGAGGUUGCCGUCGACCCCGCUGUGUUGGAGUUGCUGGAGGCUCUGAAUUCAGAGUGGGUGUGGUUCCAGCAGGUUGUGAUUGACAGUGACAUCAUGUUAAAGAAACACAAAGACAUGAUGAAGAGUGGGCUGAUCCUCUCCUCUGAGGAGUUUAAGAAGAAGACACAAUCUGCCCUGCAGAGCUUCAAUAGCAAUGGUCCAUUUGGCAGCAGUGUAGCCCCAGAUUCUGCACUGCAGCAGGUGUCAGAGCUGCGUGCCCAGUUGGGGGCUCUUAAAGAAGAGCAGCAGAACAUACGCUACGGUCUCAACAUCUUUAAUAUUGAACAACCGGCCUCUAAAGACAUCCUCACUCUUGAGAAGGACAUGAAUUACCUGCAGCAGGUAUGGGAGAUCGCCCAGCAGUGGGAAGCUCUGUGGGAUGAGUGGAAGUGGGGUCACUUGGCCUCUCUGCAGACCGAGGCCAUAGAUAACACUGCCCAGAACAUGUUCAAGAAACUCCACACACUCAGCAGAGAGUUCAAGGACAAGCACUGGGAGGUUGUAGAGUUCUCUAAGAGCAGGAUCGUGCAGUUUAAGAAAAUCAUCCCGCUGAUUACAGACCUCAGAAAUCCAGCCAUGAGAGAGAGACAUUGGGAUCAAAUAAGGCAAGAAGUGCAGCAAACAUUUGACCCGACCAGUGCAGACUUCACUCUGGAGAAGAUUGUGGCUUUGGGCCUGGACCACCAUGCAGAGCGGAUCAGUGACAUAUCAGGAGCGGCCAGCAAAGAGCUCUCAAUAGAACAGACCCUGGAAGGCAUCACAAAGACAUGGGAGGAAACAUCCCUGGACAUCACACCCUACAAAGACAAAGGUCACCACAAACUGAGGUGAGGAGCCAGAGGUUCCAGAAGGUCAAACGUCUAAAGGUUGCAGAGGUGCUCAAUAAGCAGAAUCUUAAAAAGAUGAUAAUGAUGAUUCAGCA